AUGCUGGAAGAUAAAAAAGGAGUUGCCGUUACAGUGGCAGUUGAAGAUGCUAUUAGUAUCGAGAAAGAUGUAGAUUUAAGUAAAGUAGAUGAAGCAAUGAAAUUGGCUAUCCACAAUAAGGAGGAAAAUAUUGUAAUAGAUGAUGAGACUGACAAGAAACUUCUUCGGAAAAUCGAUUUCUACUUGCUUCCUGUUUUAUGUCUUCUUUACUGUUUCCAAUUUAUGGAUAAAGUUUCCAACUCGUAUGCCUCUAUUAUGGGAUUGCAAACAGACUUAGCCAUGGUAGGAAACAUGUACACCUGGACUGGGACAUCUUUUUACUUGGGGUAUUUAUUUUUUGAGUUCCCAGCCGUCCUUCUCUUACAAAGAUUCCCAGUUGCUAAAAUGGUGUCUUUGUUUAUUGUAUUAUGGGGGGUCAUAUUAGCUUUGCAUGCAGUUCCCCAAUAUGCUGGUUUUAUUACUUUAAGAACAAUUUUAGGCAUGCUUGAAUCAUCUAUUACCCCUGCCUUUACAAUUAUAACUUCCCAAUGGUAUACUAAGGAAGAACAAUUUUUGAGAGUCACUAUUUGGUUUGCUUGUAAUGGACUUGGGAUUAUUCUUGGGUCCGGUCUUGCAUUUGGACUUUACUCUCACCAAGACGCCUAUUCAAUUGAAGCAUGGAAAUUAGUUUUCAUCAUCACCGGUUGUUUGACCAUUUGUAUGGGAUUUGUCAUUUUAUUCCACAUACCCGAUAGUCCACCCAAGGCAUGGUUUUUGACGGAAGAAGAGAAGUUAUUGGUAGUAGAACGUAUUAGAGUGAAUCAGCAAGGUUUUGGGAACAAAACAUUCAAAAAAUAUCAAUUUAUAGAAGCCCUUACUGAUUACAAAACAUGGCUCUUGUUUAUUUUUGCAUUGGCAGAUGAUAUCCCCAAUGGUGGUACGACCAAUUUUGCUAGUAUUUUACUUACUGAUAGUUUGGGGUAUACCACCAAGAAAGCCUUACUCAUGCAAAUGCCAAGUGGGGCAAUUGAAUUUGCGGGAUGUAUUUUAUUUGCAUUUUGUCAUAAAUACGUGAAGUCUAGAUUCUUCUGGGCAACAUUGGGGAUGUCGAUAACGUUGAUGGCACAGUGUUUCUUGGCUUUUGGCUCUAAUACGACACUACAAUUCUGCGGUUACACAUUAGCUGGAAUUGGCCCAAUUGGAUUCAUUUGCGUAUUGUCGCUCGUUGCAUCUAAUGUAGGAGGGCACACGAAGAAAGUUACAACUAAUGCUAUUUUCUUAAUCGGGUACUGUACUGGUAACUUGAUUGGACCGCAAACUUUCAGAUCUACCGAUGCUCCACUUUAUAACAAAGCAAAGAUUGGAAUCGUUGCAUGUGGGCUGGUAGCACUAGUUGUCCUCGUUUUAACUUGGAUGGCUUACAUUUGGGAAAAUAAGAAGAAGGAAAUGCUAGAAGAUGAUGGAGUUGAAAAUUCAGAGUUUCUCGAUUUAACUGACGGAGAGAAUCCAAAGUUCAGGUACUCGACCUAG